UAAAUGAACAACACGACAGCCGAAAACACAGUUUUGUCUAAUCAUGGCGAAUACAACAAGUUUAGUUCUGCUAAACACUUCAAUUACUAAACCAUUUGGUUACUGCGAGAAACUUCAACCGUUUCUGGACAUGAAUAUCAGGAAGAAAUUGCCACAGUUUUACGUUAUCACUUCUCUAACGGCUUGUAUUUUUUUGUCCAUACUCUGUUUCUUCGCAUUGUUUUUAAACGCAGUUGUCGUGUUUGUUACAUGGCGAACGCCUGCGUUGCACUCACCGAGAAAUAUUUUGCUCUGCUCCUUGGCAGCCACCGACUUUUUUGUUGGUUUCACAGCUCAGCCGUUUUUUGUUGUAGCCGAAAUGUUCUUGCUGUUCGGAAAAUUGGAUAAAUACUGCUUGACUGUGUUCAUGCAUUUUUAUUCAAGCUGGCUUUUUAACGGGAUUUCUUUCCUAACUCUGACAACCAUUAGCUACGAGCGGUAUCUCGCCUUACGCUUUCAUCUUCGAUAUACAGAAUUGAUAACAGCCUCUCGAGUGAUCAUUACAGUUGUUAUCUACUGGUUAAUAUGGGCGGCGUUGGUUACGAUUCUAUGGUUUUGGGCCAUGAGUAAACUCUUGGCUUAUGCACUUACGGCUGUAUGCAUUAUACUAGGAGUGAUUUCUUUGCGCUGCUUAGCUCUCAUUCACAAAACUGUGAAAAGGCACAAAAAACACGUACGCGAUACAAAUCAAAGAACUUUUCAAAGUAUGAUUCGCUAUCGCCGCAGUACAAACACAAUGAUUAUUCUUGUAGCCGCGUUUGCUUUAAGUUAUUUCCCGUUUGUUAUUACCACUGCAAUCAGCGCCUCACAAGAACAGGAAGAUCUAAGGACAUCUUCUGUGCAUUGCUUGGCAGUUGCUAUCAUGUUUGCGAACUCUUCGAUAAAUCCUGUGAUCUAUUUCUGGCGAGUAACUGAGCUUCGCGAAGCAGCUAAGCGAACUUUGAGGAAAUUCCAUCCUAUUAAGGCAAAACGAAGGACUGAUACGGAGUUCGACACAAGGUAACGUUUUUGAAGGGUAGGCUAGAUGUCUAACAGCCACAACUGAUUAACGAUACAGCUUCCUGUAGCAAAAAUCAUCUCUCAAACAGAUGAAGAAACUAUGUAAGUCCAUCUGGCACCUUCCAUACAUGCAGUUACAGAUUUUACAGUUUUACAAGUAUAUGUAAAAAUUAUUUGAAGCAAUCGAAUCCGCUCUUAACCCCUUAGAACGUACAUCAGUAUAUUCUCAACACUGUUCUUGUUAAAUUUCCUAAGGCGCUGACAAGGAGAAUUUGUUUAACAAUCAAGAGGUACCUAUCAUGUUUGUGAUUAUUUCCUUUAUCUAUAGUAACCCUUAAUUAAUGUUUGAUUCUAGCUUUUAUUUCUUUUAGUGUUAGUAAGAUAGAAGACGAUUUCUUUCCUCUACAGGACAUAUGAAGAAAAAUCGACAUCGCCCCAGAGCUUCGCAUUUUUUUUCCUUUCUUUCACGCUUACAUUUGUUGGAAGGUUACACGCAGUUAUACCAUUCUCAGGAAAGAAUGCGCUCUGCCGAAUAGGUUAGCCAAUAAAAUUGAGCAAUGUCGUGAGAGGCUAUUUUGUGUUGUUGUUGUUGUUUUAUUUUUGAGGAAUAAUUGCAGCCACAGACCUUCGUAUUUUCUUCGUUUUUGGAACAGAUGACGAAGAGUUCAUUAAAUAUCGUUUUCCUGUGUUAAAAUUUCAUUUUGUGCAUUCCGCCUUGAAUUAGUGGUUUAUAAGUGGAUUGGGCUUAAGAUAAUUAUGAAAGCUACAAAUCGUUUUCGUUUUGCAAGCUGUUCGACAAGUAAUUACGAAUUGAAGAAGCUGUAUCAAUAAUCAUGCCUAUUCCGGCUUUUGAAUAGUUAAAAAGAAGCACAAACUGUCAAAGAUCAAUCCAUUUGCGUGAUUAGUUUGCUUCACCAAGAUGUAAGCCCGAGUGAAGAUUAACGAGAAUAACCAUAAGGUAGCAGAUCAUGGAAUAGUUGGGAAUGAUAAAGCAGCACGAGCAAUCUAAUAGAGAAACCGAGGCUUGCCUGCUUCAUUAUUAUGACCAAAAAAAUAUACUUAAAUUUUGUUCGCUCGUACUCCAAAUUGAAAACUUAAGGAGUAUUAUCGGUUUGGUUCCUUUUUUAAUUUCUAGUUUAUUAUCCAGUUUUAGUUAAUAUUUUUAUAUUGUCAUACACAAUUGAAAAUUUUAUGUUGACAAUUACGCAUAUUAUUAGUCCGAGGGUAGUUAUAAAUUAUUGUUUAACACGUUCUAAAUGUCUCUUCAGUCAUCCAUUUUAUCUAUUAACUAAUGAAUAUAAUUCUUUUUUAAUUUUUAGCUAUAAUAUGCCGGUUUAGUUGAGAUUUUAGCACUGUAAUGCGCAAACGAAAAUUCUAUAUUGAUCAUUGCGCGUUAUGGGUCCAUGAAUUAUUAUCAAUUAGUAUAAUUUAAGAGCUGGGCAAAG